CAAAUUAGGAGAUUCCGAAAAUCUCCCUCAGAAAGGCAAAUCAGUCCUUCUUCCAGCAAAAAUUGUCUGAAUCAAUGUCAACCGUUUGAACUAAAACUUAAUGUCAUGCUUUGUGUCUGUCUCAAAUUUCACUCAGGCUUGCUCAAUGGAUCCCGUAAAAAUGGCCACAGCACUGUCGUUCCUAGCAAGGAACACGAUCCCAACAUUUUAUCAUAAAAAUCUAUUUUUUAGGCCUUUCUCUUUCCACAAAUUAGGACCCAGAAGAACAAGCAGCGAGUUAAAUAAGGCUCUAAGAGUCCUUAAACUCGUAUCACCCCAAAAAAGUGUCACUGAUAUUGAAAAUCGUCGAAGUCAUCUUAGGCUAGUUGAAGACAUUUUAGACUAUAGUGCAAUAAAUCCUCUUGCUGAUAAUUCAGCUUCUUUGAAGCCUAAUACUGAAACUACUAUUGAAUCCUCUGUUCUAGAUACGGAACAAGGAUUGGGAAUUGAUGUGUGUUUUUUGUCCCAUGCUUUGAGUUCAUGUGGGUACAAACGUGACUUUUAUGGAGGUAUUCAGUAUCACUGUUUGGCGAUAACAACUGGGUUCAUUGCUAAUGUUUAUGUUGGAAGCUCUUUGAUAAGUUUGUACGGUAGAUGUGGUUUGUUAAGGAAUGCAUACCGUGUGUUUGAUGAAAUGCUUGAGAGAAAUGUAGUUUCAUGGACGGCGAUCAUUGCUGGGUUUGCGCAAGAAUGGCGUGUUGAUAUGUGUUUGGAACUCUUCCAUGAGAUGAGGGGUUUAGAAUUGAAGCCUAAUUAUUUUACUUACACUAGUCUGCUGAGUGCUUGUAUGAGCAGUGGAGCACUUGGUCAUGGGAGAGGUGUCCACGGUCAAAUAAUUCGAAUGGGUUUUCUUUGUUAUCUCCAUGUUGAAAAUGCACUCAUUGCUAUGUAUUCCAAAUGUGGGGCAAUUGAUGAUUCGUUGUACAUAUUUGAAAACAUGGUGAAUAAGGAUGUUGUAACAUGGAACUCUAUGAUUGUUGGGUAUGCACACCAUGGCCUUGCACAAGAGGCAAUUUGUCUCUUUGAAGAGAUGAUCAAGCAAGGUGUUAAUCCAGAUGCUGUAACUUUCCUUGGCAUCUUAUCCUCGUGUCGGCAUGGAGGUCUUGUUAAAGAAGGUCAGGCUUACUUCAGUUCCAUGGUUGAUCAUGGGUUGCAGCCAGAACUAGAUCAUUAUUCUUGUAUUGUAGACCUUCUUGGACGAUCUGGUUUGCUUCUUGAGGCUCUUGAUUUCAUAAAAAAUAUGCCUGUCUGUCCUAAUGCUGUGAUAUGGGGUUCCCUGCUUUCUUCUUCUAGACUUCAUGGAAGUGUUUGGAUUGGCAUCCGAGCAGCGGAAAGCAGGUUAUCGUUGGAACCAGGGUGCUCAGCGACACUUCUACAGCUGGCAAAUCUGUAUGCAAGUGUUGGUUGGUGGAAUCAGGUAGCUCAAGUGCGGAAAUUGAUGAAAGACAAAGGUCUAAAACCAAAUCCUGGUUGUAGCUGGAUUGAAGUAAAAAACAAAGUCUACAGAUUUGAAGCGCAAGAUAAGUCAAACAGUAGAAUGAAUGAUAUUCUUUUGAUAAUGGAAAACCUUGUAGACCACAUGAGUGGCUUAAGCCUUCAGUCUAAGAUGUCUGAGGAAAAUAUUUGGUUUUCAUAAUGAAUUUUAAUGUCGGGGCUAUGUAGCAUUUCCCGCAUUGACUAGAAUUUUUGGUAGGGGUGCAAACAGAGGAAAAGUAUAUUCUGGUCAGUGAAAUAUUGUUCAUUGAUAACAAGAAAUUCUAGAAGAAAUGAAGCUAUAGAGACUGAAAUUUAUGUUGAAAAUGUGCCAAUGCUCUUGUCCUUGUCAGGACCAAAAUUAUUGCAGAAAAAUAGAAAUUUCUGUGGAGUGAUGGAAGAGAAACUUAAGAAAGCAUGAUAUGAAUUAUGUUCCUUUGACAAAGUGAAACCUCACCCAUUUGACCUCUAUCCAUUCAUUCAUCCUUAAAGGAUGACAAACAAUUGCCAUGUUGGAAAAAAAAAAGGGAAAAGACUUUAUCGACACUUGAUACUGAUAUCAACUAGUGUCACCUUGAGGCUGGCAUGAGCCGGAUUACGAUGAAUAUCACAUACAGGAUGAAAAAAAUCCACAUGUAGACUAAUUCCAUGUUGAUUAAGCACAUUCCUAUUCAGUAAACAUUGUCGGAGGUUUGAUUUACAUCACUGAUGGUAUCUCAAGCUUUUGGUUAUUCUAUGUUUGUCCAAAGCUUUUCUUCACCAGGGACUGCUUGAGCUCGACAAAGCAAAAUUUGUUUCUUCGGAUCAAGAAACAGGUCGGCAGCAAGGAGAAAUUCUACCCCAAAAGAUAGACAGGGAAUAAAGAGCACAAAUGGAAUUCAAAAGUUGAAGAGUGAAAAGACCGAGAAAGACUACAAGGGAAGUUAUUAAGGAAGAUUUCGAGAUUAAUGAUUUGGAUAGAAACAUGGGUUUUUGAUAGAACAUUAUGGCAACAGAUGAUCCACUUAAUUGACUCCACUUUAGUGGGAUAAGUUCUGGUUGUCUUUGUUGUACACUCUUGAGGUUAAAGAUUUGUUUUAGUCAAUUAUGUGUAAUGAAUAGCUUGGAAUUAAAGGGUAGCUUUCCUCA